AUGUCGGUCUCGACAGCUGAAUUUCAAAAAUGCCUUCACGAGCUUCAGGGUCAGCCAGAGGUUCGUCUCUUCGUUCGGGCUUCGAUCACUGAUCGAAACACCAUUGGUGCUUGUCUCAUUUGCCAUCAAUGGCUGAUGGUCUUCCGAUACAUGGUAGAGAUGAACUUGGUUCGUCUAGAGGUGGUGCCCAUCUCCUAUGACAAUGAACCCGAAGAUUACAAGAGUCUUCAUUGUUCUAAACGUCUUCCUGCUGCCUUCCUACCCGAUUUUCAACUUGCUGCUUCUACACCAGAUGAAUUGGAAGCCCUUCUAGCUAAGUUUCAAUGUCCUCAGCUUGUUCUGCCUUUUGAGUCAAAGGAGGUGUUGGAGGCAACCCACGCCUUUAUCGAUGUCUAUAAGAAUGUGCUUAAUUUCAUCCGAAAUAAUAUGGAGAGUCCGCUGCUGAACGCUUUGAAACGGUUGGAGGAUUAUCUGCAAAACCAGAAGACACGGUACCUUUUGGGAGAUAAGCUAACAUUUGCCGAUUGUAUGCUGAUGCCAAAACUGCAAGUGAUGCGAGUUCUGCUGCGUGCCUGUAAGCAAUGGGACAUUCCACUGGAGUUAAUCCACACCUGGCGUUACGUUCAAAUCAUGUAUGAGACUACAGCUUUCACUGUCACCUGUCCCUUAGAUAGGGACAUUCUGAUGCACUAUCGUGAGAACAAAGGCUUGGAUAUUCCAAUGAAGGCGCUUCGUUCAACUGAUGACUAUCUACACUCCUGUCCACCGGAGCUGCCAGUUUUGAAGUGA